UAUGUUUCCUACAUCCCAUUUUUAUGUUUCCUAGAUAAAUUGUAUCCUGCUGUUCCCUUUGUCGAAAGAGGCAAGUGCGUUAUUCUUGGUGCGCACCCCAAAGGGAGAUUUAUUGUUUAUCCCAAUAAAAAGAAUGUAGUCAUUCGUGAUCUGUCGGCAAAUUUGGAAAAUGAUUUAUAUAUUGGGCAUUCUUUUGACGUCCAAUGUGCAAAAUAUUCCCCUAGUGGUUUUUACGUGGCUUCUGGAGAUAAAUCUGGAAAGCUUCACAUCUGGGACACAACCCAAAAAGAACACAUCCUAAAGAACGAGUUUCCUGUGUUGUCUAGCAUAAAGGACGUUUGCUGGUCUAGCGACAAUCAACGCAUCGCUGUUGGGGGUACAGGCGGUGAAAAAUUCGGAAAAGUUAUUAACGCCGAAAUGGGUACAGAAGUAGGCGAAAUAGUUGGAAUGUCUAAAUCCAUCAAUUCCGUUGACCUCAAACCAACGCGACCAUUCCGUUUGGUAACUGGUAGCGAAGAUUUCACAGCAUGCUUCUUCGAGGGACCUCCUUUCAAACUCAAUAAAAUCCUAAAGAACCACACCAAUUUUGUCCAGUGUUGCAAAUUUUCCCCAGAAGGCGACAUCUUUUUAACCGCGGGUUCUGAUGGAAAGAUUUUUGUCUAUGAUGCAGCUAAAGGGGACCACAUCGGUGAGAUCGGUUCGCCUGCUCAUAAAGGUGGCAUCUAUGGACUAGACUUCUCACCCUCCGGUGAGCGGAUCGUGUCGGUGUCGGCAGAUAAGAAAAUCAAACUGUGGAGUGCUGCCAGCCCAUAUGACUUGCUCUCUGAAUAUGCCUUUGAGGAUAAGCUGGAGAAUAUGCAGCUAGGUUGUGUGUGGACGGUGGGCAAGAUCGUUUCAAUUGGCCUAAGCGGUGCACUGACCUACUUUGACGUCGCCGACGACUGCUCCGCGCUUGAUCGGCCCACGGGCGUGAUGUUCGGUCACUCGCGUCCAAUUCAACGCGUUUCCUACUCAACCUCAAGCGACCAACUCAUCACGGUUUCGUAUGACGGGCUCAUGGUUCGAUGGAACCUAGCCACGGGUCUUGCUGAACCCUUCAGGGGCAAGGAGGCUCACACUACCACCAUCGUCGGUGUCGUCACAUGCGGUGAUCGGGUGGCUACUGUCGGCAUUGACGAUCGACUCGUUAUGAGCUCGCUUUCGAAGGGAGAAUAUGAGCAGUCGUUGAAGUUGGCGUCUCAGCCACGAGGUCUCUACCUGUCCUCCACAAAGGACCUGGCGUUGGCAGUCUGUCUGAAACACCUCUACCUCUUCUCACUGGCCCCCGAAGCGUCUUUGAGCCCCCUGGUCAGCCUGGAGAUACCUCCUGAGGCGACCGCUGGCUGCUUCGCGCCGUGCGGAAGUCUCGUCGCAGUCGGUAUGAUGAAUGGCCUGAUUGACGUCUUCUUAACGGACGGUGGCAAGUGCCUGAAGCACGUCGCCGACGUCAACGCCAAGAUGUCUGGGGAGUGCACUGCGAUGGCGUUCUCCCCCGACGCCACCUACCUCGUGGUUGGCGACGCGGAGCGUUAUCUUCGUCUAUUUAAGGUCGAGGGAGUUGGAAGUGGUUGUCCAAGUUUGACCCAGGUCAAUGAGUGGCGCAGUCACGCGGCCAGGGUUACCUGUGUUGCUUGGGCCCCCGACGGGAACCACUUUGCGAGCGGUUCUCUCGACUGCAGCAUCAUCGUGUUCAAGCCCACCGCCUCCUCUAAGAUCUGUGAAGUCCGAAACGCCCAUCCAGCUAACAUGGUCACCGCCUUGGUUUGGAAGUCGGACAACGAACUCAUCAGCACUGGCCAUGACGCCUGUGUUCGCUCGUGGAAGUUUCACUAG